CUCCACACGCCUCCCCUCCGCCAGCUCCCACAAUGGUCUUUUCCAGCUCCGCUUAUCGCAGCAGUAUUCCUGCCAUGCCAUAAUUCCUCUCACCGGUGUGUAUGUGUGUGUGAGUGUGUAUGCAUGCACGUGUGUGUGUGUUUGUGUGUGUGUGUCAGCCCCGGAAAUCCAAUGUCAUUACCCGACGCGGCUAAUUUGGCCACCACCACCACCACCACCACCCGCGCUCUCUUUCGCGUCCGGACGAUGCCAGCGGCGGGGGCCGGCCGCACCUCGACGAUCGGUCGCUCGGCGUCGCCGCUCGGUCGCGCCGAAGAAGCCUCCUAGGGUCGCGCGCUCGAUGGUCGCAGCUCCAGCCCGCAAAGACCGCAGUCGACAACCGACCCGCCGCCCGGCGGCGGCGGCAGCGCCACCCGCCCCCCACCCCCCCCUCUCUCCACGCGCGCCGAGGAGCGCGACACACUCGCCAGGAUGAUGUGCGAGGUGAUGCCCACCAUCAGCGAGGACACCGCGCUGAGCCAGCGCGGCUCCCAGAGCGGCGCCUCGGACCCGGACUCCCACUUUGAGCAGCUGAUGGUCAACAUGCUGGACGAGAGGGACCGGCUGCUGGACACGCUGCGGGAGACCCAGGAGAGCCUGGGCAUGUCCCAGCAGCACCUGCAGGACGUCAUCUACGACCGCGACUCUCUGCAGCGCCAGCUCAGCUCCGCCCUGCCGCAGGAGUUCGCCGCGCUGACCAAGGAGCUGAACGCCUGCAGGGAGCAGCUGCUGGAGAAGGAGGAGGAGAUCUCCGAGCUCAAGGCCGAGAGGAACAACACCAGGCUGCUGCUGGAGCAUCUGGAGUGCCUGGUGUCCAGGCACGAGCGCUCGCUCCGCAUGACGGUGGUCAAGCGGCAGGCUCAGUCUCCCUCGGGGGUCUCCAGCGAAGUCGAGGUCCUCAAAGCGCUCAAGUCCCUGUUCGAACACCACAAAGCUCUGGAUGAGAAGGUAAGAGAAAGACUUCGGGUGUCACUGGAGAGGGUGUCCGUCUUGGAGGAGGAGCUGACAGCUGCCAAUCAGGAGAUCGUGGCCUUAAGGGAACAAAAUGCUCACAUUCAGAGGAAGGUGGCGUCUGGGGACGGAGGAGAGGACAUGCUGGACGGCAGUGAAGCUCAGCAGAAGGUCCAUGGCAAGCGUCUGUCCAACGGCUCCCUGGAGUCGGCCGACGAGGCGAGCCAGGUGGUGGAGCUGCAGGACCUGCUGGAGAAGCAGAACUACGAGCUGGCCCAGAUGAAGGAGCGCAUGUCGUCCCUCUCCUCCCGGGUCUCCGAGGUGGAGCAGGAGCUGGAGACGGCCCGGAAGGACCUCAUCAAGUCGGAGGAGAUGAACAACAAGUACCAGAGGGACAUCAAAGAGGCCAUGUGCCAGAAAGAGGACAUGGAGGAGCGGAUCGUGACCCUGGAGAAGCGCUACCUCAGCGCCCAGCGCGAGUCCACCUCGGUGCACGACAUCAACGACAAGCUGGAGAACGAGUUGGCCAACAAGGAGGCGUUCCUCCGUCAGAUGGAGGAGAAGAACAGGCAGCUGCAGGAGAGGCUGGAGCUCGCCGAGCAGAAGCUGCAGCAGACCAUGAGGAAAGCGGAGACGCUUCCGGAGGUGGAGGCUGAACUGGCCCAGAGGAUCGCGGCGCUCACCAAGGCGGAGGAGCGCCACGGGAGCAUCGAGGAGCGAAUGAGGCACUUGGAAUGCCAGCUGGAGGAGAAGAACCAGGAGCUGCUGCGGGCUCGACAGAGGGAAAAGAUGAACGAGGAGCACAACAAGCGCCUCUCGGACACGGUGGACCGACUCCUCACGGAGUCCAACGAGCGGCUGCAGCUGCACCUGAAGGAGAGGAUGGCGGCUCUGGAGGAGAAGAAUGUGUUGAUCCAAGACUCCGAAGGCUACAGAAAGCAGUACGAAGAUUCGAUACAUGAAAAAACACAUCUGGCAGAGGAGAUCGACAAACUGAGAUCCGAGCUGGACCAAUUCAGAUUGAGGGCAGGAUCCCUCACAGAACCCACCCUGUCCCGGUCUCACCUGGACACGUCGGCCGAGCUCCGAUUCUCGCUGGGGUCUCUGGCCGAAACCCAGUCGGACCACUACCGCUCGGCCAAGGUCAUCCGGCGACCGAGGAGAGGUCGAAUGGGUCUGCGUGAAACCAAGGCCAAGUCGCUGGGGGAGCACGAGUGGCGCUCGCAGCAGCUCGGCGUCCUGGGAGGACACCACUUCGAGAGCGACACGGAGAUGUCCGACAUCGACGACGACGACAGGGAGACGUUGUUCAGCUCCAUGGACCUGCUGUCGCCCGGCGGCCACUCGGACGCUCAGACCCUGGCCAUGAUGCUGCAGGAGCAGCUGGACGCCAUCAACAAGGAGAUCCGGCUGAUCCAGGAGGAGAAGGAGUCGACGGAGCUGCGCGCCGAGGAGAUCGAGAACCGCGUGGCCAGCGUCAGCCUCGAGGGCCUCAACCUGGCCCGGAUGCACCACCACGGAGCCUCCAUCACCGCCUCGGCCACCGCCUCCUCCUUGGCCUCCUCCUCCCCGCCCAGCGGGCACUCCACCCCCAAACUGGAUCCCCGGAGCCCGGCCCGCGAUAUGGAGCGCAUGGGGGUCAUGACACUGCCCAGUGACCUGAGGAAACACAGGAGAAAGAUAGCGGCGGUGGACGAGGACGGCCGCGAGGACAAGGCCACCAUCAAGUGCGAGACGUCGCCCCCGGCGACGCCGCGCACCGUGCGGAUGACGCACACGCUGCCCGCCUCCUCGCACAACAACAACAGCAGCGAUAGGAUGGUGGCAUCCCUGGAGGCGGAGGCCAGCGCCCUGAGCAGCGUGGCCAGCAGCCAGGACUCGCUCCACAAGCAGCCGAAGAAGAAGGGCAUCAAGUCCUCCAUCGGGCGGCUCUUCGGCAAGAAGGAGAAGGGCAGGAUGGCACAUCUGGCACACAGACACGUCAUGUUAGAUCCACAAGCAACCAUGAUGGACCCCGACAUGGCGGGCCAGGACAUGGGGGUCGGCAAGCUGGGAACUCAGGCCGAGAAGGACCGCAGGUUGAAAAAGAAGCACGAGCUGCUGGAGGAGGCCAGGAGGAAGGGUUUGCCUUUCGCCCAAUGGGACGGUCCAACGGUCGUAGCCUGGCUGGAGCUGUGGCUGGGAAUGCCGGCCUGGUACGUGGCGGCGUGCCGCGCCAACGUGAAGAGCGGCGCCAUCAUGUCGGCGCUCUCCGACACCGAGAUCCAGAGGGAGAUCGGCAUCAGCAACCCGCUGCACCGCCUCAAACUGCGCCUGGCCAUCCAGGAGAUGGUCUCCCUCACCAGCCCCUCGGCGCCGCCCACCUCCAGAACCCCGUCAGGCAACGUAUGGCUGACCCAUGAGGAGAUGGAGACCAUGGCAGCCCCUUCCAAAACGAAGUCCGACUCCGAGGAGGGCAGCUGGGCCCAGACUCUAGCUUAUGGCGACAUGAACCACGAGUGGAUAGGGAACGAGUGGCUGCCCAGUCUAGGACUACCUCAGUACCGCAGCUACUUCAUGGAGUGCCUGGUGGACGCGCGCAUGCUGGACCACCUCACCAAGAAGGACCUGAGGGUGCACCUCAAAAUGGUGGACAGCUUUCACAGAACAAGUUUACAGUACGGGAUCAUGGGCCUGAAGAAGCUCAACUAUGACAGGAAGGAACUGGAGAGACGCAGGGAGUACAGCCAGCACGAAAUGAGAGACGUCCUGGUGUGGAGCAACGAGCGGGUCAUCCGCUGGGUGCAGAGCAUCGGCCUGAGGGACUACGCCAACAUCCUGCUGGAGAGCGGCGUGCACGGAGCUCUGGUCGCCCUGGACGACAACUUUGACUACAGCAGCCUGGCGCUGCUCCUCCAGAUCCCCAACCAGAACACUCAGGCACGUCAGAUUCUGGAGCGAGAGUACAACAACAUGCUGGCGCUGGGCACCGACAGGAGGCUGGAUGAGUGCGACGACAAAGACUUCCGGGGGCCGUCGUGGAGGAGGCAGUUCCCCCCCCGGGACGUCCACGGUAUAAGUAUGAUGCCCGGCUCGGCCGAGACGCUCCCCGCCGGGUUCCGUCUCACCACCACGUCCGGUCACUCCCGCAGGUUGCCCCCCGAGGUGGGAUCCUCUGCAGGACAGCGGCUGGACAACUCCACGGUGAGAACCUACUCCUGCUGAUGGGAGGAAGAGAGGCGCCUUAGACUGUACGCUGUUCCGUUCUGAUGGAAGAUGAACUGGUGGAGGGGCUGCACAGGCCGAGGGAACGUACCAUUCGGAUGACACGCACUGCCAAGAAGCCCUGCUCUCCUCUCUGACCUUCCUCCUCCUCCUCCUCCUCCUCCUCCUCCUCCCUUAUAAUGUGGGCACCAGAUGCCGGUGCUAACCUGUCCCCGCGGGCCGCCCUGUUGUCACCGUUUUUACCUUUUACAUGUACAGUAACUUGUCGAAGCAUAACGUACUGUCUAUUUCUUCUACAGGAGAUGUGUAGGUUAUCUGUAAAUAAAUAUGCCAUUUUUUAAUAUAUACACACAUCUGAUCUAUGUAUAAAAAAAAAAAGAUAUUCAGAGUUUGUGCAACGAGAAAACCGUCCCUCCACCUCAUUUAGUGGACCAUAGAUGAAUAUAUAUGCUGCUCUUUAACCCGUCUCCAUAUCACCCCAGCCUCUCUGGGUCAUUUUGUACAUGUGGGUUUUAUUUUAUUUUUUUCUCCAUCGUGCUUGUGAUGAUGAACCUGUGAGGGGAGGA